CUUAAUAUGUUGUCCUUCUGCCCCCCAGGACCAGCGUCAGACCGACUCCAUUCAGGUGCUGCAGGGCCAGCUGGAGAAUGUGACUCAGCUGGUUCUCAACCUGUCCGUCAGAGUGAGCCAGCUGCAGAGUGACGUAGGUGUCAGACAGGCAGAACUACCUGCUGCUGUCUCUGCUGCUGUGUCUGUGCCUCGGCCUGCUGCUGUGUGCCAACCACUGCCGCUUCUCCGACGGUCCUCCAACCUCAGACCCAGAGCCCCCCCCAUCCAAGAGCUACACCUUCUGCUGUCCUGAGAGGCCGUUCUCUUCCUGUGGUGAGACGGGCCUGAAGAGGAGUGCAUCCUAUCCACUCAUACAAUCACUUAUCGCUGAAGGCCCAGACAUGCUGCAUGCCGGGGAGACACAGAGUCUUUGUCCAGCUAACAGAAAGAGGAGACGUCGCAAGAUGAAACCCUUGGAGAAAGUGGAGACUCUGAAACCCUCUUUCCACGCGGCAACAGAACUUUGUAACGGAGCCGUCGUAUGUAACGGUGUCCCUGUCUCUACACACCCUAUACCCUUCACCAAAAGAUUACUUCAACCUAUGUUCAGAGACUCGCCGUCAGAGGGCAGCUCGGAGGGGUCCUCACACUCCGACGACCCCUCCUUCUGUGGCAUCACCACAGCCUGCAACCGAAUCUGUGACGGGCUCCCGCAACCCAGGACGCGGGCGGAGAAGCGGGCGUUAAGACGUGGGCGUCCCAAGCCCAGCUGCGCCGUGGUGGACCUGAUCCAGGUCCCACGCAGGGGCAGGGCCGAUGAGAUACCCAUCUCUACCAUACACGACCUCAUGAAGAGGCACACGGAGCAACGCUCUGGGACGUAUGGGGUUAAUGUUCCCCUCUCAGGUCCUGUUUGACAGGACUCCACUCCUUCUCACUUACUCUUUCCAAAAGAGGGACAAUGUUUUUUCAGUAGCCACAGGCAGCUUUGAGCUUCCAUACGAGACAAUCCCUUCACUUUGUUUUUUUGUUCAUGUUCGCGUCAGAUGUUUAUAUUUGUUAAACAAGAAAAAUCAAAUAAAUGUCUUCCCAG